UGUCAGUGCAGUGUGCCUUUCACUGUGGGGACAGAUCAAUGGACAUAUAUCACUAAGUUGUAAGGAUACAAGAAGAUCUGGGACCUGCUUACAUUGAUGGAAUAGCCGCAAUACUAUCAUCUAUUGGACUCAUUGGAAGUAAAUCGAGUUUCGCAGGAUAGGGUGAAAAAUCUGCAGGUUUAUUGCAUUUUAUGACUUUUAAAGUUAUUUCCCUUUUUCUAUGAUGAAGGAAAAGAUCAUUACAGUUUUGUUGGUUUUGAUUGUGACCAGCACUUGUGUAUCAUCCAAGAAGAACAGAAAGAAUAAGCAACAUGUUCCUUACAUUGACUGUGACAUCAAAGCAGGCAAGAUAGUGAACCCAGAGUUCCUUGCAAAGUGUCCUGCUGGUUGUCAAGAUGGGAAGCACCGAGUAUACGGCACAGACAUAUAUGCCUCCUUUUCCAGCAUAUGUACAGCUGCCAUUCACAGUGGUGUCAUUGACAACUCAGGAGGGAAGAUCUUUGUUCGAAAAGUCGCUGGACAGUCUGGUUACAAGGGAAGUUUCUCAAAUGGGAUACGAUCUCUUUCUCUUCCUCGCUGGAAAGAGUCAUUUGUCAUAGCAGGCAAAGGGAAGAAAGGUGUCACCUAUCCCUCAGUUCUUGAGUACGUUGAAGUCAAAGUAGAAACCGUACAGCGAGAAAUUCCACCUACAACUGUUGCGACAACAACUCAGUCCACCGCUUUAACUACUAUUCCUACCACCACUACUACUACCCCAGAACCUACAACUCCACAGCCCACCACAACAAAACCUACCACCACCACUACAACAACCACCACCACAACAACUACUACGACAACAGCAAGGACAAGGCCACCCCUUGUACGAGCAAGAGAUACAGCUGCCAGUAAUAUCCACCCAGCUUAUUCAUCGAUUGUUGCUGCGUCAUCAAGGCAAGCAGUGCCAGCUGUACCAGGCAGAGCACCAAAUCAAGUUGUUAGGUCUCCGACAAUGUAUUCAAGUAGCCGACAAAUCCAAAGGAGUAACCCAGGUGCCAGUAGAAUUCAGCAAAUUCUAGCUGAAAAGGCAAUCCAAGCAAAUCCUAGUCUUCAGAGAAGAGACUGGCAAAGUCCAAGCAGGGUAAAUGUACCAGUUGUGCAAAGAAGACCAGUAGUUCCAGAGAGAAGCAAUGUGGCCCCUAAUACUGGACAAAGCUGGUCAUCAGACACCCGUGAUUCUCAAGUUUCUCCCCGUCGUGACUGGCAAAGCCCAAGCCGAGUGAACAUUCCAGUUGUGCAGCGUCGACCACAAGCCCCAGAGAGCAGCAAUGUUGCACCCCCAGCUAAUCCAAAUUGGUCUGUAGACACAUAUGACUAUGAAGUAUCCCAAAGGCGUGAUUCAUUAAGCCAGAAUCAACGACUAAAUGUACCCCCAGUACGCAGACCAGCAGUUCCAGAAAGUAGCAAUGUUGCUCCCCCUGCUGCACCUUCCUGGCCCGUGGAAACACGUGAUACUCAAGUUUCCAAUCCUAAAACUAGCAUGUCAGAAUUUGACAGAUGGGUCUCCGGCUUUUCUCAGAGUAAUUCAAGAAACAGCGAAUCAGAAACAACCUGGAAAGUGCCUGAAGAGAUCCCUGAAACAAGGGUUCAAGUCAAACCAGAAGUAAGGGUUGAAGCAGUUCCAGACCCAUGGAGAGGAUUUUCAGAAUCAGGAGGGCCAGUAAAGGAAGAAGUCCACUCAAGAGUGCCUGUUGAAACAGGGGCAUUUGGAGGCACAAGAGGGCCAGUAAAGGAAGAAUUGAACGCAAGAGUGCCUGUUGAAACCGUGGCACUUGGAGGCACAAAUUGCAAAAUAGACCUGGUUUUCCUCAUGGAUGGAAGCUGGAGUAUUGGCAAGAGACGUUUUAGGCUUCAAAAGCUUUUCCUUAACCAAAUGGCAGAUGCCCUUGAUGUUGGAAUUUCUGGACCUCUUAUGGGUAUUGUACAGUAUGGCGAUGAACCAUAUACUGAAUUCAGUCUUCGCUCAUACUUUAAUUCCAAAGACCUCAAAAAUGCUAUCGACAAAAUUCCACAAAAAGGAGGACAUUCCAAUGUUGGAAAAGCUCUAUCUUAUAUAAACAGGAGUUACUUCUCCGAUGCCAGUGGGAAUAGAGGAGCAGCCCCAAAUGUGGCCAUUGUGCUUGUAGACGGCUGGCCAACUGAUAAAGUGGAAGAAGCUUCCCGUCUUGCUCGUGAAUCUGGAAUCAACAUAUUUUUUGUGACAAUUGAGGCGGCAGAUGAUAAUGAGAGAUCAAAUGUUGUGGAACCCAACUUUGUAGACAAGGCUGUUUGUAGAACCAAUGGUCAUUUUUCAGUCAGUGUUCCUAGCUGGUUUGGUCUCCCUAAGAUCGUGAACCCACUGGUGAAGCGCAUGUGUGACAUUGACAAAUUAGUCUGCAGCAAGACGUGUCUCAAUGCUGCUGAUAUUGGAUUUGUCAUUGACGGCUCCAGCAGUGUCGGGACUGGUAAUUUCCGUACUGUCCUCCAGUUCAUAGCAAAUAUAACAAGUGAGUUUGAGAUCUCAGACACAGACACAAGAAUCGGAGCUGUGCAGUAUACAUAUGAACAAAGACUGGAGUUUGGCUUUGAUAAAUACAGCACAAAGCAAGAUGUUGUUAAUGCCAUCAUGAGGAUAGGCUAUUGGAGUGGAGGUACAAGCACAGGAGCUGCUAUAACAUAUGCAUAUGAUCAGCUCUUUAGUAAAUCAAAGCCAAAUAAGAGAAAGAUCAUGAUCGUAAUCACAGAUGGACGCUCGUACGAUGAUGUUCGGGCUCCAGCAGCAGCUGCUCAUCGAAAUGGAGUUAUAGCAUAUGCUGUUGGUAUUGCCUGGGCAGCCCAAGAUGAACUGGAAUCUAUCGCCACCGAUCCCGACAAAGAACAUUCAUUUUUCGUGGAUGAAUUUGAUAGCCUCUAUAAGUUUGUUGGAAAGAUCAUUCAGAACAUUUGUACAGAGUAUAAUUCUCAACCACGAAAUUAAGAGGCGGUUCCAUACUGCUUGAAGAACAGAGUUUCUUUUUGGCUAUGAAUACACAGCAGCUGCAAUAAGUAAUGUAACUAUAUAGCGAGGUCAGUGUAUAGGCACCAGUAUUCCGAGAACAUUAUAAUGUUUCCAGAUGAGUAUCAUCAUAGCCUCUACUCCGAAGGCAAUAAAUGAACUUGUAAACAGCGUUAUGUGAGACGAAUGAUAACAUCCUGAAAUGGGUAGGAAUGAAUAUGUCCUCUUCAUUAGAAUCUGAUAAAUACAUUUACCUUCUAAUUAUGUCUCAUCGGUGAGAACAGAUGAAACUUUAUGGAGUGAGAGGUUAGAGACAAAGUCAAUCGUGUGUUGCAUUGAAAAAAAGUUCAAACUUAUUUUUCUAUUACAGAAAAUAAAUCAUGUAAUUAUAACGUAAUUUUUGUAAACGGGAUGUAUAGGCUUAAAGUAUAUUAUUUCUUCACGUAGCGCCCUCUGGUGUUGAUGUUCUGAAUUUCACACAGAACGUGUUUCAGCUUCACUUCACAGUAUAAUACAAAGCACAACAUUAUGACGUUUUCAACGGUUAAUUCCUAUAAAACACGUCAUUGUAACAAUGUAUAUUUAAUGCAGCGGGUCAUAAGAGCUACCUUUUGCUCUUCCAGGAAUGGAUGGCUCUUUAUUGUAGCUUUGUGAAGGCCUUGUGGGCUUUUUUCACUGCACGGUGUCAUGAACUUUGGUCCUCAUAGGGUCGCAUGACACAUUACGAAAGCAUUAAACAGUAGGACUGCAUAAUAUGCACAUGAAUUCUAUGUUGCCCUUUCAACAAAUAUCAUCAUGCUAAAUCUGUGCAAGUUUUGAUUUAUCUACAUCUUGCAAUUAUUUUGUAUAUUGUAAUAAAAUGUUUAAUAAAGAAAAAAAGAAGCGAAGUUUUGUCAAUAUUAAAUGUGUACAGUUUUGCUGAAGAAAUAUUCAAAUUAGAUUUGCUAUUAUUCAUUUUAUGUCAGUAUUGGUCUUUGAUGAUUUUAUCAUUAUGUCAUAUUAUCAGUUUGGCAUAAAUAAAAC